AUGGGCUUUAUAUCGUCGAUAUUGUGCUGUUCUUCCGAGACGGCUCAAUCCAACUCCGGUUCUGCUUAUCGCCACCAACAAUCCAGCUCCCUCAAUAAAAACAGAAACGUCAAGCACUCCAACACGAAAAGUCGAGCACGUGCCGUGCAGAAGACAAACUCUCCGCCCUCCAAGACUAAUUCGGCCGCCACUUUGAGCUCUACAGAAAGAUCCACGGGUAAAUCUGGGAUAAGUACGAACGAUAAUGAGAAAAAGAAACCAGUGUCGCCGACUGUAGCUGCUACCACCGUCACUAGUAAUAAUACUACAAAGAAAGUCGACAGAAAAAUCAGCAAAGAAGACCUACACGAGGAAAAAUACGAAGUUGAUGAGGAUGAAGAGGUUCUCGAUGAAGAUAAACGUCGCAGCCGCGGCGCCCUACGUGAUAAGGGAUCCGUCGUGAAAGAAGUGCCCAAGCAGCAGAAACAGCACAAGCAACAAAAACAGCAGCAACAAGAGUCCAUCGUACGAGUAUCGCCUGACCAUCUUAUCCAAGAUAUUGAUUUGAGUAGAGUAAGCAGUAGUCCCCAGGCUAGUGUGACUUCCAACGAUGCUGAUGAUGACGAAGAUGACGACGAAGACGACGAAGACGAAGAGUAUAUCGAUCUAACGCUCUUGCAACAAGACCAGUACCAUGCACCGGGCUUCAAUACCCUGCUCCCCCCACAAGAUGAAAGUACAAAGGAUAAGAAAUGUUUAAUACUGGAUCUUGAUGAGACUCUAGUACAUUCGUCUUUCAAAUAUUUGCGAUCUGCUGAUUUCGUCCUACCCGUGGAGAUAGAUGACCAGAUUCAUAACGUCUAUGUCAUAAAAAGACCGGGCGUAGAGGAGUUCUUGGAAAGAGUUGGGAAGAUAUUCGAAGUCGUGGUCUUUACUGCAAGUGUCUCGAGGUACGGUGACCCGCUACUCGAUAUACUGGACACGGAUAAAGUCAUCCACCACAGAUUAUUCAGAGAGGCUUGCUAUAACUAUGAAGGCAACUAUAUCAAGAAUUUGUCCCAAAUCGGAAGACCGUUAUCGGAGAUCAUCAUCCUUGAUAACUCCCCAGCUUCUUACAUCUUCCACCCUCAACAUGCAAUACCAAUAUCGUCCUGGUUUUCAGAUACCCAUGAUAACGAACUAUUAGAUAUUAUUCCUCUUUUAGAAGACCUUUCAGUGAAAACUUCAUUAGACGUAGGCAAAAUUCUGGAUGUAACAAUAUAG